AUGGCUCGCGCAUGGCUGCUGCUCCUGUGCGCAUGUCACGCGCAGGGCCAGGACGACGACUUCGAGUGGUUCAGAUGCGACGCCUGCUCGGCAUCCUUCUUCAAGAUCAACAAGACGCUGGCUCAGCGCCUCCUAGGCAGGACUUCCGUGCCUGCCUACGAGUUUCUGGAGAUCGUUGAUGAUGUGUGCGAAACGAUGUUCACGAAGAACGAGUUCGGGGUGAAGCAGCACGAGGGCAAGAAGUACCUUUUUGGGCCCGGCGUCACCGAUCACAUUCCCGGGCAGGGAUUCGGGCAGAUGGGCAUGGGCGACUAUGACAAACGGCUUGCGUCGUACUGCAAGAUGUUCGUGGAGGAGUUGGGUGAGGAGAAGCUGCAACGGCUCUGGGCCGACCAGCAGCUGAACCAUUCGCAGCUGUGCGUGGAGGAGUGUCUGUCCUCGGCCAGUGGUACCGGAGCCCAGUCAAGAGCUGGUCGGAAGCCUCCCCGGCCCAAACCGAAGCCAUCCCCGCCUCCGCCGCCUCCGAAGACCAGGCCUCCGAAGGAGAAGACCCCGAAGGAUUCAGCUGAGUCCAGCACAAAGACUGCGCCGAAGCCUUCGAAGCCUUCAGGCACCCCUGAUCCGAAGUCGGGCGAGCUUGAUAAGGUGCUGUCUCUGUUGCCGCGUUUGAAAGCCUCCGAGCUGCAGCGCCUGGGCUCUGCGGUGAUCGAGGAGCUCACGUCGCGUGCAAGCAGCCCGAGGGAGCGUUCGGAGCUGUGA